AUGCAGAGUGAGGACAUCGAGCUGCCAGACAUCGCAUCUGAGUAUUCGGAUUCAGAUGAUGAAGACAAAUCCAAGGACUUUAUCCGGCCAGCGUGGGCCGAAUCCCCGGAGCUUCGUCAUGCGUUACAGCAACAAUCUACUCGAGACCCUGACGAAUUGUUCGGACCCAUCAAACCCGUCAACAUGGAGGAGCUUUUCAAAGCUCGACCCGGUAAAUUCCGAGCUAGGAGCAGUAGUGCCAACUGGAUCUCGACAGGGGACAGGUUGACUCGAACGGAAGAGAUCGAGUAUGCGAGGCGAAUGGGCUUCAGGCCUAUCGGUACUGGUGGGCGAACUGGAGGCUCUACUAGUACGGGUGGUGCGUCGAGGUCCAGUCAAGCAUGA